GGGAGGAGACUGUGCCACUGGGUGAGGAGAGCCCCGAGGCUCUGAUUGAGCUGCUGUGUGACCCACACAGCCCCUGGGCCCUGCCGCCGGGCUGCAGCCCCCAGGACCAGCGCCUGCGGGAGAUGGCUGUGCUGGCACCCGAGCUCGUCCGUGGCUCCAACGUCUUCCAACUCUUCAGGUCCCUGCGGAUCGUUAACAAAGGAGUGGAGGAGGUCGACGAGGGUCUGUUGCAGUUACAUCAGCUGGAGGAGCUCAUCCUCAGCACCAACAAGAUCAGCGGGAUAAACUCAGCCAACCUGCCCCGGACACUGAAGGUCCUGGAGCUCUGCUGCAACGCUGUGGCUGAUCUGCAGGACCUGUGCGCUCAUCCUCCUCCAGAGCUGCAGCACUUGGGGCUGGGGUACAACAGGCUGUGCAGCCCUUUGCAGGACAAGUACCUCACUGCUACCUUCUGGCCAAAUCUUGUCUCCCUUGACCUGAGCUUUAACAACUUCACGGAUCUGAUGGAGCUGGUCUCCCAACUGUCCAGUCUGCAGAAGCUCCGCGUCCUGGUGCUCCAAGGGAACCCACUGGUCCUCAUUCCCACUUACAGAGGCUUCCUCGUGGACAGCCUGCCCAAGCUCUCCUUCCUCGAUGACAUCCACAUAGGACCUGACGAGAGGCUCCAGUUCCAUGGUUUGGCAAAGCAGCCAGAGCUGAUCAGGAAUGAAGCACGAGUGGUUGUGAGCAUUGGGGAAAUCAAGGGAGUCCCUGAUCCCAGCACGCAGCAGCAGCUGGAGGUUGGCUCCAAGGCUCCAGUGAUCACCUACAGCUACUGUGUGACAUAUGAGUUUGCAGAAGGCGAGGAGAUUGAGGACGGUAGCAGCACUGAGGUAACAAAAAUCCAUCAGAGUCCCACAGUGGCCACCCUGGAUGUGGACAGCUCUGCUCAGGACACAGGAGAAACAGGAGGCCAACAGGAUCCUGCAGCCACAGAGGAGCCCAAGGCCCAUUCUGCAAAGGUAUUUGUCACCCCUGGAAAGCCCUGGGAAGACACCAUCGACUGCAGCUACAGGAAGGAGCACACUGUCAGGGACUUAGUGGGGUUGAAGUCCUACCUGGCGGCUGGAACCAUCGUCUCGGUCAUUGAGGAGAAGGUGCUGUCGUGGCCUGUUCGUGCUGAUCCAGAAGAAAAUGCAGUCACGAAGGGGAAGGCAGGACGGGGGAAGAACAAGAACCGUGCCAAGGUUCCCGAGCCCAGGGACAAGCAGAAAAAGAAGAAGAAGGCAAAGCCAUGUGAAUUCCGCAGUGACCCUCCCAUUCGGAGGACCCUGGGCACCCAGCAGGUGACCCUGGAGACCCUCCUGGCCACCGAGGACCUGGUGGCAACUGUAUGUGACUUUGGGAUUCUGGUCACUGAGCAGCCGCUGCAGCCACCAAGUCUGGAGGAGAAGGACAGGAAAAAACAAAAGGACAAGAGCAAAAAACCAAAAGCAGAGAAAAAAAAUCAGGCCAGCCGGAAAACCGCGGCGUCUGCCAAAGGAAAAAGAAAAAACAAAGACACUGCUGAACUGGAGGAGGGUCAAAACCUCCAGCCGGUGCCGCUGACGGUUCAAUUCCAGAUGCAGCUGCUUCGGUGGCCCUGGGCAGCCAGUAGCCAGAGCCAGGAGAGCGUGGCCACGACAGUGGAGAAGACCCAGUAACACGUCGGUAGGAAAAGAGGGAGUGGGAAAUAAAACCCACAGGGACGCUGCGUGGAUCCUGCU